AUGGGACCAAAGGCCAGAGCUUUUACAGAACGGGCCCCAGGAAAGCCUUAUGCCUCUGUUCAUGGGCUCAUCGACCCAACAACCCCAAAUCAUUACAGAGACUGAACAACUGAAGAAAUUGAACUCGGUAGAGAAGAAGCUUUAUCCAGCAUUUGUUUCGAAAAUGAUGUCUCCGAGGCAAAUUCCUGAAGAUCGAGGAUCUUCUCCUCAUUUCAGGCACACACCCUUGCAAAUAAUCCAUAUUAUCGGCAAUUUCUUAAGAAUAUGGUCAAUUUACUCCCUGUAUCGCUACUUAUCUGAAACGGGAGCUUCAGUUGUACUUUUCCUCUUCACUUGUCUGAUCCCAGCAUCCAUCCUAUUUCUAAUUUUGCAAAAGCCUUGGAAGGGCAGGCCACUCUCAAACACACAGGUAGUGCCUUCUAUAAUAAAUGGUGGCAUAACAGCUUUAUAUUUUGUUUUAUGGGGAAAAGGCCUCAAAUCAUGUGGACCUCUAAGAGCUAUAUUAGCGGAGUAUUCUGGUGCUGUCCUUGGGGUACUGUCUGGAGUAUUGUAUGGGCGCAAGGGCCACAUUUGGAAAAAGGUAGGUGGGCUUAUUGCAAUGGUGGCAUCUUUCUACUUCUUAUCUCAAGGGUGGGCCAUGGCAACAUAUUCUCCAUUCUCAUUUAAAGAUAGCCUCGAUGAUGAGGUUCAGACAGAACAAGUGUUGGGUAUAAAAGAGAUGGUACUUCCAAUCUUUGCUGGAAUCUUAUCAGCACUGAGGAGGGUGAUUGCGCGGCGUGUUUCACUCAAGAAUCAACUUAAAAGGCGACUUAAUGCAAUAACUAUUGCUUCUGCAACAUGUUUCCUGUUUCCUGUGGCCAUGUGGGACAUGAUCAUAGGAUCACCUUCAAGUACCAGUGACAAGGUGCCAUUUUCCACUUGGGCUUUUUUGAGCACCAUUCUUUUUGGAGUAAUCUUGAUAUUCUAUGUUGAUAGUAUCGCGGAAGAGAGAUUACACAUGGUUUUCUCUUCUCCAAGGCAUUUAAUGGUAGCUGGAGGAUGCAUAAUCGUCAUGGAGAUCGUGUACAAUAUGGACUUUUCUCUUCCAGGCUUCCUAAUUUGUUGCUUAAUUCUGGGCUUUGGGAUAUAUGAGGCAACUUCUUUGGAACGUGGUAGAAAAGAUUCUUUUCAAACUUCAGAUCUAUCAAAUGGGAUGUUGGGGGACGAAAUUCAGAUGUCUUCACUUCCAACUUGAACUGCAAUUGUGGGUUAAUGUACAUCAGUAGCAAUUUCGUUGGCAGCAAGUUGCUGCAGAGAUGUUGGUUCGCUAGUCGAUGUUAUAAACCAUAACCAGCAGGAAGGAAAAAACACUCGUUGCAAAACUCCAUGCAAAUUCUUGAUUCUUGAAAUGAUAGGAUACUCCUGAGAAAUUUGUUGGCCGUCGAUCUCAAUCUGGCAUAUUGGGAGAUCAGGCAGUGUUGAAUCCGUUGAAUCCAUGAUACUAGUCGAAAAUGUGCCAUACAAUUCUAACUGUUCAUAGUUUACCAUCUGCUAAACAAAUAUACUUGUACUAACUUUUGAGGAGUUUUAAUGACGGGUUUUAUAAGAUGAUAUUCUCUCUCU